AAAAAAAGCUCCAUUAGAGAGGAGAAGACCCACACGCGCUCUCUGGCGACACGAGCACUUCGUCCUCGUCCUCGUCUCCCGCUCAACAACCACACGCGUCAGACGGGAGGCGCCUCUCACCAUCGGCGAGACCGCCGGAUGAAGGGUGGUGGAGUCACCAGGGCCAGCGGCGGAGGCUCCGGCGGCGUGGGGCUGAUGCGGACGCGACUGCGGCUGCCCGUGGUGCUCCUCUCCUGCUCCCUCUUCUUCCUCGCCGGCUUCUUCGGCUCCCUCCUCUUCGCCCAGGAUCCGCAGGAGGAGGAGGUGGUGGACCUGCCGGGGCGGAGGGAGCGCCUACUGCAGGCGGCGUGGCCCGAGAUGCCCUACGGCGAGUCUGGCGAAAUCGCGCCGUACUUGAUCCCAUACCAGAUUUUGAGCUGGCAGCCUCGUGCAUUGUAUUUUCCACAAUUUGCGACAUCAGAACAGUGUGAAAAUAUAGUACGAACUGCAAAGGAAAGACUUGCACCGUCAACAUUAGCUUUGAGGAAGGGAGAAACCAAGGAGAGUACCAAAGGAAUCAGGACAAGUUCAGGAACAUUCCUCAGUGCUAAUGAAGAUCCAAGUGGAACCCUUGCAGAAGUUGAAAAGAAGAUUGCAAGGGCUACCAUGAUACCCCGAAAUCAUGGGGAGCCCUUUAAUGUCCUGCGGUAUGAGAUUGGACAAAGGUACGCUUCGCAUUAUGAUGCGUUUGACCCUGCUCAAUACGGUCCUCAAAAAAGUCAAAGGGUGGCAUCUUUCUUGCUUUAUCUAAUGGACGUCGAAGAAGGGGGAGAAACUAUGUUCCCAUAUGAGAAUGGGGAGAAUAUGGACAUAGGCUAUGACUAUGAACAGUGCAUUGGCCUAAAGGUGAAACCAAGGAAGGGUGAUGGUCUCUUGUUUUACUCCCUUAUGGUAAAUGGCACCAUCGACCCGACUUCACUUCAUGGUAGCUGCCCAGUGAUCAAGGGCGAGAAAUGGGUCGCCACAAAAUGGAUUAGAGAUAAUACGGUGUAGAUGCGGUCAAGAGGCGCAAGAGUCAAGACUCCCUCCAAAAUAGAUACACGUACACUAACCAUUUCUGUACACAGUUGACAGUUCCGUAUCCUUGCACAUUAUAUUUGUUCAAUUGCCGUGCACAUUAAUAAACCAGUGAAGAGAAAGUGUAGCCGUUCUGUUU